AUGUCAAUAACUACAUUGCCCAAUGAAAUCUUUCUUCGCAUUACAAGAAAUCUCUCAAAGAAAGAUGUUGAUUCCGUAAAUCUUACUUGCAAAGCUUUAAAUGGAUAUCUCAAAACAGCUACUUGGAAAACUAUCAGAAUAAACGACGUCUCAAUUAUUUUUAAUGCACUUCCUACAACAGCAUACCAGACACUUUUAUAUCAGUAUGGGCACCUCACGAAAGAAUUACGUUUAGAGACCUUUGAUCCAGAUGAAAACUGGACACUUGAUUCACUACAGCAAACCUUUCCAAAUCUACGAUAUCUCCGUAUAUAUGGAAAUUAUCUGCCAACCUGCGGCACCAGUACCAAAGUAAACCAUACCAAAUGGCAAUAUUUGAUCGAGUUAGAUUGCAAUGUAUUCGUUCGUCCCAGCAAAAUGUCAAUAAUAGAAAUGAUAAAUAAGAAAGAUCUCCAAAUAUUCAAUGAACUAGAAAAUAUGUUUUGUUUUGUGAAUCGUGUGGAGAAGCUACAUCUGUACAAUAUCAACAAUCAGGUGUAUUCAGUACAUCCUUUGGAUAUUGUGGAGACGGUCCAUAAAUAUUUUAAACAACUGAAAACAUUUGGGACAGACAUCACGCCCAUCCCUUUUGAAGGCCAAUAUUGGGUGCGUGCUACAGGAUCUCUACCAGAAGAACAAUUGACUUGGCUCACUUUACGACCUUGCGAUAUGAAAAUUCGAUGGCUAGCCUACUUUGCUAGGAAAUAUCCAAAUCUGCGUACCCUUGAACUGGAAAGAGUUUCUCACGACUAUACAAAUUUUUAUCAUAUACAAGGAAGACAUCAGCAUCCUGUCUUGGAAACGGUCGAAUUUGAUGGCAUUCAACACCCGUUUUCUUGCUUGCAAAGAAUAAAAAUAUCCUCGACUGCUCUAAGUUAUCAAUUUUGUGCUGCGUUUUGGAAAACACUUAAAAAACUCGACAUCCCCCUCAAGCAUGUAUCAUACGAUGAUUCAGAUAUCUGCCAUUAUGACUCUAGAGCUGCUUACACGUUUUUCUACUCUCUUGAUUUAGUCGAAUCUAAUCUUGAAGUGUGCCUGAAUUCGUGUCCCAAAUUUAUGGAGACUUUUACUUACAAAGGGCUACGUAAUAUAGGUAUACGACAAGCAGGUCCACAUGUUAGAUUUGAAAUCCAUCCUGUCCUUGUUAACCUUCAUAUUGAAGAUUCUAUAUUGCCAAUCCAUCUUGACGUUGUUUUGAAUCGUUGUUCUGCUCUCAGAAAAAUACGGCUAGUUCACACAAAUAUAUCCAUCAGGUCAGAGACAUCAGGAGGACCAAUGAUGCAUGGGCUUGAGAUAGCUGAGCUCAGAUCAUCAAUUAUGACAGCAAGCGUACUCGAAUACAUGUCUUACAAUUGCAGAAACCUAAACUAUCUCAACAUAAAAUACUCAACUGUACAUGGGACAAUAUCUAGAACAACUGGAAUUAUGGAUAUCGACAUGACCUAUACAAGCUUUAAGACGCUUUAUAUUCGUUGUCUAGUCUUAAAGCCAUCUGAAGAAAAUGAAAAUAAUUUUGGUAGCCGUGACGAAGCUAAACUGGUGGCCAUUUCUCAAGAAGAACCAGACCACAAUACAAAUGAUAGUAUUUCAGGUGUGCUUUUAGAUCCACCUUUUCAGCACCAAGGAAAAAAUGAUAAGAACAAAAAAAUAUGGAUCUACACAAAGGGUAUACUCCCACGCGGACAAUACAAAGAAGAUACAAGGCGCCUGAACAAGGAAGAGGCUGAACAAGCUGAAGAUUAUUUUCAAAACUAUGCAACGAACGAGGCUUUGUCCGAAGAGAGAAGGAAUGCUAUUUUUGACAAGCUAUUUAUCGAAAUGAAUCAUAUUAAUGUUCCCUUUCAAUAUACGUACAUAAGGUGUAAGAAGCUAGUUAGCUAUACCUUGGGAACCCGUUGGAAAGAAAGAGAGUCGGAUAGUUUUUGGGAUGAUUUGUACGAAUCUCUUUAG